AUGCUCUUGCACCCUAACGAAUUUCGACGAUCUUCUCCGCCCCCUUCUGCGACUGUAGGCAUCGCGGGGGAAGUUCUUAUGGUUUCUGUUGGUUCAAAAGCUUUAUCUCUGAGAAAACAUAAAGCCUGUAAUUUAACGGAGGACAGCAUGAUGGCUGGGGAAGAUAAUUCGUCUAAAUGGGGUGGAAGGAAAAGAAGCAUGAGCAGAAAGGGCGAAAAAAAACGUGGCAGUUUUGAUGGAGAUUAUGCUACCAAAAAACGAUCUGGUGGGGUGCAUGAUGAACCUGUCAAAACUCGUAAAUCUUCAAAUUACCAAGGAGCAUCGGUGCCACAGACAUCUUUUGUCAGAAAACAGGUUGAUCCUGAAACAGCUAAAUACUUCUCAGAGAUUGCGAAUGUCGUUGAAGGUACUGAAAUUGACUUAGAGGAGCGAUCAGCUAUAUGUGGUAAUGCUUUAGAAGAAACAAGACAGAAAGAAGUAGAACUUUCUACUGAUUAUAUCAUAAGCCACACUUUGCAAACCCUCCUUGAAGGAUGUUCUGUGGACCAUCUUUGUGGUUUCUUACAAAGCUGUGCAAAAGACUUCCCUCGUAUUGCAAUGGACAGAUCUGGUUCUCACGUAGCUGAAACAGCUCUCAGGUCUUUAGCUUUCCAUCUCCAAGACAAUGAAACCCACUCUCUUGUUGAAGAGACACUAACAACAAUAUGCCAGGCAAUUGUGGUGAACCCUGUUGAUGUAAUGUGUGACUGUUAUGGAUCUCAUGUCCUUCGGAGUCUUCUCUGUCUUUGUAAAGGAGUACCGCUAGACGCAUCAGAGUUCCAUGGGACAAAGGCAUCAACUGUUCUAGCUGAGCGGCUGAAUUUUAGGCCAUCUUUUCUGGACAAAAACAGUGCACAACAUUUUCAGCAUGGAUAUCCCAAUCUACUGAAAUUCCUUGUAUCAGAGAUGUUAAAUACUUCCAGAAAAGACAUUGCAACACUGCAAGUUGAUCAAUACAGCAGUUUGGUCUUGCAGACUGCUUUGAAGUUAUUAGCUGGACAAGAACAGGAGUUGUUGGAUAUAAUUCCAAUUCUUCUUGGCUGCAGUAGGAAAAAUAGCGUGGAAGGGAACUUCAUUGAAAGUACCGUGGUACAAAAGCUUUUAAAUUUAGUGAAAGAAACUGCUUACAGCCGUUUAAUGGAGGUCAUCUUGGAAGUAGCUCCUGAAAACUUAUACAAUGAACUAUUCACUAAAGUUUUCAGAUACUCAUUGUUUGAGAUGUCAUCUCAUCCCUGCGGGAAUUUUGUAGUCCAAGCAUUAAUUUCUUAUGCCAGGUCCCCAGAUCAUAUGGAGUUGAUUUGGGAGGAAGUUGGAGCGAAAUUUAUGGAUCUUCUUGGAAUGGGGAGGUCUGGAGUUGUUGCUUCUUUUAUUGCUGCAAGUCAAAAACUUCAUAGUCAAGAGCAUAAGUGUUGUCAUGCCCUUGCUGCUGCUGUACGUUUGGCAGAUGAAUCGCCUACAUGCAUUGUUCCUCGAAUAUUAUUUCUUGACAACUACUUCUGCUCUGGGGAUAAAUCCAACUGGAGUUGGCCAAAUGGUGUUAAGAUGCAUGUUAUGGGGUCUUUAAUUCUGCAGUCAGUUUUUAGACUUCCAAGCGAAUUUAAUCAGGCUUUUAUUACAAGUAUCACAUCUUUGGAAGCUGAUCAUGUCCUUGCAGCAUCAAGAGACUCUGGGGGUGCACGGGUUAUUGAGGCUUUUCUUACUUCAAAUGCCUCUGUAAAACAGAAGCGAAAAUUAGUUGUCAAGCUUCGAGGCCAUUUCGGAGAGCUUUCGGUGCAUCCUUCAGGUUCAUUUACAGUUGAAAAGUGCUUCAAUGCCAGCAGUAUAUCUCUGAGAGAGGCAAUUGUCUCCGAGUUGUUAGCCGUGCAGACAGAGCUCUCCAAGACUAAACAGGGCCCUUAUCUCUUGAGGAAACUAGACAUUGAAGGAUUUGCAAAACGACCUGAUCAGUGGAAGUCUAGACAAGCAUCCAAAGAAUCUGCUUACCAAGAAUUCUAUUAUGCAUUUGGCCCAACGGCAUCCAAAUCAUCAAAGAAUGACAGCUUUCUUGCGGAUGCUCAUCACACGUCACAGCCAGCAAAGUUAAAAGAGAUGAGGAAGGAGAUUGACGCAUGCCUGGCUUCUGCAGCGGAUCCUUCUUUGGGGACCCAAUUUCUGGCUCAAAAAGGUUCAACUAAGUCAAGAAAGUCAGGCCUUAAACGGCCCCCAGAAAGAGCAGGAAAGCAUAGUCACAAAUUUAACAAAUAUGCUAUGGAUGAUGAUAUUUCCAAAAGCAAAAAUAGAAAGCAGAGAAAGAAUAAAGGAUAGUACUGAAGCUGAGAAUGCCUCCAGAGGAAACCAUCAAAAUCUGUUGGCAAGAAAGGAAGAAACGAAGCAUGAAAAGUGGUCUGUUAAAAUAGUUACGAAAGGAGAUAGAGUGUGAGAUGUAAAUUUUGCAGGUUUUUGAUUGUUUUUGUCUUUCUUUUUAUCUUUGCCGUUUUAUUCCUGUGUUUUGCACUGUUUGAUUGAAAAUGCAUGGACCAUAGUUUUUCCCAUACAUACUUAUUUAGUUCAAUUUUAUUCUUGUUCUAGUAGUAAUAGUGAAGUUUUGUCGAGUAAUUUGAUUUGGUUGAGAGGUGAAUGCUGAGCAGAAAACUAUUGUAUUCACAUCUGUCAAACUAUUGAGUUACAUCAAACAGCAAAAUUGAAUACUUAGACAAAACUUGUUAUUCUUGCACUAA